AUGCCGACCCUGAACGACACCGACAAAGCUUUACGCAAGCGUCGCGACACAACCAUGAUGACCUUCACGCAGAAAUACGAAGAACUGACAAGCACCUACCAGCAAAGCCUUUCAGAUGGCUGCACGAGGAAGCAUGCACUCGAGUACCUCCUCCUGUGCCGCCAGGUCUGUGAGGCACUUCGUCCACGCUUCAAAUACGGAACUGCAGACGAGCGCUUAAUUUCGAAUUUGAGAUCUCGAUGUAUUCGAGAGGCCGUCCUGUGUGACAAUCUCGUCGCAAAGAACAAGGAAGGGGGCGCUCUUGAGCGAAGAGUCUGGCAGAUCGAGAACGAAGUCGAACAAUAUUUGCAUCUUCUGGAGCAGGACGCGCACAUCGAGGCUGAUCAAGUUGAUCACAAAGAGGAGAGAGAGCUAGCACGUCGGCUCAGAGACCGUCUCGAGAACAGGCCCAAAGCGAACGUGCACUGUCAUACAGAGUGUUUUCCCUCCAGCAACGAUUGGGAAGGCCCAACGUUCCCGUCUGACGAUACUGCAACCAGCGUAGGGCAAGCUGCGUUUGUAUCUUCAAAGGCUUGCAUUCCGAAACCAAGACGCUACGUCGUUGCUCACAUCGACGCUUGGAAGAGAGCGAUAGGGAGCCGACAUGAAACAUCUGAGCGGACUGCGCUGGAGGCAUGGAGUUGGUUCACACCGUGGUACGAGAAUGACGACGACGAUGACGACGACAUCUGGGAGAACAUAGCCCCUGACGAUGGUGAAGAGGAGGCCUCCGAUGCAGCCGCCGAACAAGUAGAGAUUACCACGGACUCCGGCUAUUUGACAGACGAUCAGCAGUCCGGAGAGACUCACAAUGAUUUUAGAUCCGCAAGGUCAUCAUUUGGUAGUUCCGCUGUGGGUAUCACUCUCAGCACGAGUGUGGCUGAGAACAGAGAUGCAGGCGACGGUAUAGAGGACCAGCUUGUUGGCAAUAUUCUUGGCGCUAUAGAGGCCACUAAGACCCCUAGGCGGCCUUUAAAUGAGAUUAGAAAGAGAGCAUUGGACUACUCAAGAGGGAAGAUGACUAGAUGGGCUUCUAUUCUUUAUUGGAGAUAG